CUAAUAUAAAAGAAAAGUAAAAAUAAAUAGGCCUUACAUCUUUAUCCUCAUUUUUGAAUUAAAUUAAAAAAAAGGACUUUCCUUUCAACCCACGAUUUCGAAAACCCAAAAUCAGAUCAGAUUCUUCCAUUUUCCAAGCGGUUCUUUUCCGGCCGCUACGGUUUCAUACUUUGCGAGAGGGUUUUGUAGAUCAAUCUUCCUAUAACCAUCAUCAAUAUGGGGCAACAAUCUUUGAUCUAUAGUUUUGUGUCCAGAGGGACCGUGAUUCUUGCAGAGUACACAGAGUUCACCGGAAAUUUCACCUCUAUUGCUUCCCAAUGCCUCCAGAAGCUUCCCGCAACUAACAAUAAGUUCACAUACAACUGCGAUGGGCACACCUUCAAUUACCUUGUUGAAGAUGGCUUCACAUACUGUGUUGUGGCUGCUGAAUCUGCUGGCCGACAAGUGCCCAUGGCUUUUCUUGAGCGAACCAAGGACGACUUUAACAAGAAAUAUGGUGGUGGGAAAGCUGCUACAGCUGUUGCCAAUAGUCUUAACAAAGAAUUCGGACCCAAACUGAAGGAGCAGAUGCAGUAUUGUGUAGAUCAUCCUGAUGAAAUCAGCAAGCUCUCAAAGGUCAAAGCCCAGGUUUCAGAAGUCAAAGGUGUGAUGAUGGAGAACAUUGAAAAGGUUUUGGAUCGAGGUGAGAAGAUAGAGCUCCUUGUGGAUAAAACAGAGAAUCUUCGAUCUCAGGCACAAGAUUUUAGGACACAAGGUACACAGAUAAGGAGGAAAAUGUGGCUGCAAAAUAUGAAGAUAAAACUAAUAGUUCUUGGAAUCAUCAUUGCCUUGAUUCUGAUUAUAGUUCUCUCAGUUUGUGGUGGCUUCAAUUGUGGCAAGUGAAGCUCAUAUAUAAUAUGGUAAAACUUUGUUUAAUUUGUCUCUGUUUUUAUUAAAAAGCCUAUUAUGUUGCAAGAUUGCGUGUAUAUUUUUGUACUUUUAAGACCAUUGAAACAACUUUAUUGCUCUUUGGUCUUUUAACUUGUAGUAGAAUAAUGUUAACAUGUUUGUAAGAGGAUGAAGUUGUAGGAGUGCAUAAGUUCAUAGCAUGGGUUCGUGCUUUUUUGAGGUCAGAUGACACUCUCAGAAUGUUUUGGAAAUAAUAUGAAUAUCAUCAUCAUCACCAUCAUCGUCAUCAUCAAAUCUACAAUACCAUAAGAAUUUCAUAAUGGUGAGUAAAUGUUGCGUGUAUAGAUGAUUGUUUUCAUAGAUAACCUGACAUGUGAAAUAAGGAUCAUGAGUAAGCAGAUGUAAGUUGUAAAUAAGGGUGAACAUGGUUUAGGAAUCGGACUGGAUCAAAUAAUGAAAUUGGAAUGUGGUGAAAACUGAAAACCGAACUGAAUACAAGUAUAUGGUAACUGUUUGGUUUUGGUUUUUUGGUACCAAAACCGCAUUAGGACCUAAUGUGUUUGUUAGUCCAAAUUCGAAUGUAUUAAAAAGGUGCAAUAAAAUAUGGAUUUGGG